AUGGCAAAGCCAUCUAGUUUCUUUAAGAACAGAUUGAAGUCUAUACUAGAAGAGAGUACAUUCUACCCAUUAUGGGACUUUCUAGACUACUGGAUCUUUAACAAUGCUUGGAUACCAAUCCUAUUCAUAAUUUUCCUAGGAGUUGCUUUUGAGAUAAUUCUCGUAAGAACGUGUGAGUUCUUUAAGAAGAAAUUUGAACUAUGGGAAAAUGGUAGUUCAGGUUCUCAGAAGCAGAAUGAAGAUGGUUUCCCAAAAGGCAUGACAUUUGCUUUAGAGAGCUGGUCAAUUACCCACACAUCUUCAGCAGAAAGAAUUGAAACCUUUUCAGGAAGAGUUACAACUACUUCUCCAUCUGAAGAGAAUGGAGAUAACAGUAGAGAAAGAGCUUUUUCUUCAUAUGAUGACUGUGAAUUUCAAGAAAGCCAUUUUUGUGAAAGUCACUCAUCUUCAGGUGGGACUAGUGGACCUUUGUCAAUGUUUCACUCUAAGGUAAAAAAAAUUUUCAUAAGCCACAGAAAAGAUCAGCAAAGUAAAUAUCAAGAAAUACACUUUUCUGCUAGUAACUUGUUUUCAAUAAUGAAAAGCAACAGCACAAAAGAUUCACUCCCUGAUGAUGUUAGCUUUCAAAGCACUUUUCAAUUUAUAAGAGAUAAGGAUCUCAAUGUGACACCAUGCCCCCUUGUCCAUUUAUUUCUUUCUGGUGACCAAAUUAGACAAGUAGAAGAAAAUAUAAGAAGAAAAAUCCCUGUGAACCCCAAAGCUCGGUUAGUGAGAGAAGCUGAUCGUCUGCACCACCAAUUUCAGGAACCAUUAAUUUAUAAUGUACAUUCUAAUAAAAUAUUUAGUCCUCCCAAAGCACAAGAUACUUUCGUGGACCAAAAUGCCAUACAGAAUCAAAUGACUCAUGAAGCACAUUUUACUAGACAAACCCAAGAGUUUAUUUAUAACCAAGAGUCAGUCAGCAGGCAGCACGGUUUUGCUCAACCUCUAAAUUUUAUGACAAUGCCAUUUUCUAGCAGCAUGCAAGACUCCUUCCAGGCCCAAGAUAUAUAUCAUAAUGAUAAGAGCCAACAUUUCAUCGAUAUACCAUGUAUUGUUGAAAUAAAAGGCUCAACCAAGGGCAUAAAGUCUGAUGAACAUAUCAGUGGGACCCAAAAUUCUAUUGAUUUUAAUGACCCAAACAAGAGUAGCUAUUUAGUCAAAGAGCAACGUAGUGAUUUCCAAAAUGCUGAAUUUCUAUCUUUAAGUUCACAUUCGUUUGCUGAAGCUGUGACACAACAAAACACAAUGCCAGAAGCCCAGCAAUUCGUGGCUUCAUUGGAUUCAAACCAGUAUCAUGCAUACAGCUCAAUGUCUCUUUCAUCCAUCAUUAAAAAGCGAGGGAGAAAGGUACUAGACAAUGAAAAAAAGCUCAGACUUAAAGUUCUAUCUCUAAAAGCAAAGAAAAUGUCUUGUUCACAGGUAUUUCCAAUCAUAGUAUGUCAUACUUCAGGAAGUAAGAUUGAGUUAAGAUGUAAGAAGAAAAAAAUAGUACAUCAAAGGAAAAUAAUGUCAGAUAUAGCAUUGUACCUUAUUUCUAAGCUAAGCCCUAAGCUCAUCACUCACCAUGUUAAAAAGUAUUUCAUAAAAAGUCUAAUGAUGGUCAUUCCAGACUUAAUAAAUCAUGAACAUUUUCUGCAGGAGCAACAUAGAUUAACAGAUACAGAAAAAACCAAUUACGCAAGUUCUACUGAUAGAGUAAGCUUGAGUAUUACUAAAAAUAUAGAACACUCAUCCAUGAUCAACACUAAGGAAGUGACAGCUCCUUGUUCAUUAUUUGAAACAAAUAGAGAUGGAACUAGUGAGGACUCAGUUCAGCACACACUUGACCUGAACAUUCCAAAGCAUGAGGCGCUUUCAGAAGUGUUAUCAGAGUCUCUACAGAAAGAUGUUUCAUUACCCAAAAUAGAAGUUCAGAAGGACAUACAAACUACAAAGAAUGUAGACGAGUUGACACUCAGUAUACCAAACACACAAAAGUGCUUUCUAAACGAAAGAAUACAGAAUGCCAAAAAUUUAAAAGAAAUCGAUCUGAGCUUUUCAGGUAUCAAUUUACUUAUUACCCUAGUAUCCCAAAAGCAUGAGAAAAAUGAAUUGAAAGAUAUAAAUGUUCAAGUGAUUACGAGAAGCAUAAAUCUGAAGGAAGAGAAACCACUAAUGACUAUUACAGAAUAUGACAAUAUUACAGAAACUGACAGUGAAAAGCUGGAAAGCAAUGCCUCAAGCAAUACAAAAAAUACACAUCAAUAUGAAAGAGUGUCAGAUACCUCUCAUGAUACUAUGCAGGCUAUGAUUUCUGAACCCUGUGAUAUGGAAAUAUAUAGCAAAUUAAAAGCCAAGGCAGAUACACCAAUAGUAAAUUAUAGUCACUCUGAACUACAAGAGAAACUACUAGAUGAAAAGAAAAUCCAGGAACUAAAGCACAUUGAUGAUAGCUCCAUAUUUAGAAAGCCACAAGAGUGCAACGGGGAUAAAGAAAAAAGUAGAGAAACAGUUCCACUGCUGACAGAAGACUUGAGAGUCAUUGUAUGUCUUAAGCAAAAGGCUGAAAGUGUCCAAUUUGAAAUGGGACAGAUACACUUAGAAAAUAAAACAAUUCAAAGUAAAGAGAAAAAAGUAGAGUCACAGACUAUUUCUACACAGACGGUAUGGGAGACCAGCUCAUGUCCUUCGACAGAGCCACUACAAGUUGAAAAAGUGUGGCAAAGAAUAGACAAAGCUACAGAAACAGAAGAGGCUGCAGGUCCCAUGCACCCACCUUCAAUGCCAGAGAACUUGCCUACUAGUGAACAUUUAGUUGAAAAAACAGAAUGUUGUUUCCCUUUUAAUGGAAAGGACAAAAAGUCAUUGGAUGGUCAUAUUACAGAAGACAAAGAAGAUUGGAUAAAAGACUUAUGUGCAGUUGCCACAGGACCUUUCAAAACCAGAAAAAAAUCAUCAGGAACAAAAAAUGUAAUCAGGGUCAAACAUAAAAUUAUAAAAGUGAAGAAACCUGCAUUUACCCAGAGACUUUGUGUUAGGGCAUGUGACACUCUGAUCCGUAGGAGAAGAGCGGGAGGCUUUGAAAGCACUACUAAACAAAUGCUAUGUAAUGCAACGUUGGCACUCAGGCCUCUCAGUGUUCACCCUCAGAGAUCUAGCAUUCCUAAUAAUACAGUAAAUAUCCAAAUAGCACACCCCAAACCCCAAGUUGAAAAGGAAGAAAAUAAUUUAGAUUCACUUACUAAAGAAAAUGAAGCUAGCGAUCCCCUAGAAGUUCAGUCCUGCCACGGUGGGAAAGUGGUGGAACAGGUGCUGCGGGAGAGAGGGGCUCACAGUAAGAGGAGCUUCAGUUGUGAUACACAGCCAGUGAAGGAGAUUAAAAUGGAGAGUGAAAUGUUUCAAGCAGAAUUUUACACAGAAGCAACUGAGAACCCAGUUGACUCAUUAAGAAUGGAUUCGCUUUAUGUUGAGAAUAUAAAGAACAGCACAUCUACACAAACAGAGCUCCUAAAUUCUGCAGAAUCAGAGUUGGGUCCUCCAACAUCAGAAAAAUUAGUGAUGGGAGACUCUCUGAGCCAGUCAAGAGAAAGCAGUGUUCUGAGUAUUGGGAAUGAUGCAGAGGGAAUUAGCUGCGCUUUUACGCAAAAAGCUCUGUUGUGGCUUUUAACUUACUUCAUGCCUAUUUUGACUCGAUCUAAAAAGAAAAAAGACCAAACAAAAUUCGCAAACGUAAGUAUAGUGAAAAUGAAAUAUGUAAAGAAGGUGAAACCACCAGCUUCAAAAACAUUCACUAUCAGAGGCAAUAAAAAGUCAAAAUUAAGCCUCAAGGCCAAAUUUAAAAAGAUAAGCCAAGCUAAAGCAUUUUUACCUGAAUGGCAGAACACUGUUUGUUUAACCAUUGAUAGUGGAUUGCGGGAGGUGUUCCAUCAUGCGCAACUAAAGCAGGGAGAGCAAGCAAGCAAAGUCCGUGUUGCUUGCACUGCUGAGAGUAGUGAAUUCUACAAUAGAGAGAAAAAACCUCAAGAAGAGAAACAAAACCCCUUUCUACAGCAUGGCCAACAUCUGUGGGCUGACGCAGAUGAGAGGAAGGAAACUCUCCCAGACCUAUCACUCUCCCCUAUAAGUCAAAGACCAUCUGUUAACAGUCAAAAUAUAAAAAUCCAAACCAAUUCCCUGCAAAAUGCUUUAAAGGCUAACCUACAAAUGGAUCCCCUAGAGGCUGAAGGAUUACAGAAAACUACCAAAGCAGAAAAUGGUGUAAACUUUCCUGUGGUUCCUAAAAUUUUAUCUGAAGUAGGGACCUUUUCGCCUGGUGAUUUUGCAAACCAAACAGAUGAUAAUUUAGAAUUAAAAAAAAUCUCUGAAAGUAAAUUAGAUUUGUAUCCUGUAGUAAACUAUUCAGAGACCUCAGCAAACCUGCCGGUGACGUUCCUGCAGUCUUCCGACUCUGUUACAGGGUCCUUUGUUUAUAGACAUAAAGGAGAGAGAAAAACACCAAGAUCAAAGAAGCAGACACCAUUGAGUCAGAGACGUAGAACUAUGAGUGAAAUAGAACCACAGACAGUUAACUUCAGGUUCGGGAAAAAACGGAAAUGUAACAAAGAAAUGAAAGAUCUGCAGCAAAGAGCUAACAUAGCAGCUGCCUGUUUGUACAUUGUUCCUUCCAAGGCACAUAUUUUGUCCAACAUAAAAAUUAGAAGAUCAAAACCCUGGACAGAAAAACAGAGAAUAAGAAGACUUGGUCAUUUGCAACUAAUGCAAGAGAAGUCACCAAGCGGAAGAAAUGCAGUCCGCUCAGGUUCUGCCAAUGCAAGUAGUUUUUCUAGCCUGAGGAGCUAUGGAGAGGAGGGGAAAGAGAAGCCAGAAGACUUCCCGAUCUCAAAAAAGAGCCCUUGUCUUGUAUUUGGUAUGAGUCAAGAAAAAGACCACAAUCUUCUUAGAUCAGACAAACAACUGAACCAAGUAAAGAGAACAACUACUCAGAUAGUACCACAAAUACUCACAGAAGCUAUUUCAUGUUCUGCAACAUUCCCCAUCCCAGAUGAAUUUCCAUUGGAAAAGCCAGCACCCUAUCUCAGCGUUUACCCUUUAAAGUUUGGGGAAGUCAAGAGCAAUGCAUUAUCUAAAAGAGAAUGUGGUUUAUUUCAUGAAAGACAACCCAACAAACACACUGGUGACAGUGAAAAGGAGGCAAAGGAACUAUCGGUCUCAUACAUUAAUCCAAACCAUAGUAGGGAAAUGAAAUGUUACUCAACCCAAAUGAAACACACAUAUCAGGAGAAAAACUUUGCGGAUGAAACUUCCUCUUCAAACAAUGCUGCACCUGAAGUUAAUGUGAGCAACAAGAUAGAGAAAGGCUCACUGAGCGAGAAAGUACCCUAUUUGAUACAAAUGAAGUCAGAGACACCGUGUCACAAAGGGAAGUUUAUUUCAGAUGAAAUCAAAGAAAUUGAUAUUCAAGAUAAAGAAGAAAAGCAAAAUAAUGACACAUUAUCAAUGUUACUCCCACGACAUAGCCAACAUUUUAUCUUUUAUUCACAUCCAAGCAGGGAUCCUAACUCUCAUAAAGGAGUGAAACAAAGAGGGAGAGACCUUCUGUUCAUUGUGGAACAAGAUGUCGCACAGCAGAAUGAGUCAGCAGAUAAAACUCUCGGAGAGUAUGACAUGUUUACAUCAAGUUCAAAGCUUCAUUCCCUAAAGUCAGAAGAGUCACAAAUAGAAGUUCUUAACACUGUUAGGAAAAAAUGUCCCAGCUCAGCUGACGGAGCUCAGGCACAGGAACUGAACAAGUGGACUAAGCUGGACAGAGAUGAGCUUAAAAAUGAUCUACAACCAAACAUCUUAGAGUCUUUGAAUCUCUCAACUCCCGGUGUACCAAGAUCUAAAAGACAGAGCAAGGUGUUUACAGACAAAACCUUACAAGGUAAAAUGUCUUCAACAGGUGUGACUAUGAAAGGAAAGAAAGCAUUCGUUUCUAAGGUAUUAACUAUUCCACAGUGUGGUCAUAGGAAAAAACUACUUCCCAAAACCUUGAAAUCACAGAUCUGUGAAUUACUAAUAAAAUCUGGGGUCUUACUUGAUAGUCUUAAUAUAAUCAUAUUAGGAGACCCAACAUUAGAGAAAAGUAAAAGAUUAACACAGAAAUUGGCAGCAAUAGCGUUAGAGACUUUGGAUUUGUCCACACCUACAUAUAAAGAAAGUAAGAAUUUAAAAUUCAUAGAAAAGGGAGAUGAAAUGAGUACCGAUCAUCUAGCUGCUAAAGCACAUAAGGCAGCAAUCUCUCCUACACUUAGUGCUACAGAAUGUGUAACGCCAAAACAAUAUAAACCUGUGACAGUUCCACCCCUAAAUGCCAUCUCUUCUAUGCCUGUGUCUCUCGAUGUUAGUACAUGUACUGGAGUAAAAGAUAGGGAUAUAAUGUGGACAAGAUCUAGUCAUGAGCUUCACAGCCAGUCCGUACAAGAAGAGAGAUCUUAUCAUGCAUAUUCCACUGACAAGGAUGCUACUUCAAAUGGCACCAAAGAUCUAAAAAGUCAAGGUGAAGAAGGAAACCCACUGAGUUCCCAGCAUUUCAGUUUCAGUUCUCAGACUACGGCAGGGCCUAAUUCUGUGAAAUCUGAUUUACAGUUGAUUAAUUCAGUACCGUGUUGUGAGUUAGAGAGAGCUCUGUAUGAUGGGCAAGCACAGCCAGUCAGUGUUAGUAACCAGCAAAGCAGCACAGGAGGGGUAAUGUUACAACUUCUAAACACAGAGGAAUCUGAGAUUGGCCCUGCCCCGUGUGACAACACCUGGGAUAGAAAUCCCAAGAGAAAGUAUGCCUACCCCAUUUCUGAACAAAAAGCAUGGAGUCAAAAGAACUUGAGGACUUUGAAACCUUUACAGGAGCCCAGCCUUACAUCAUCUGAAAAAAAAGGUGAGAACUGCACAUUACAGUUUCCAGGCAAAAGAGAGGUGAGUCCCAUGACAAAACAAGCUUCAAAGCUGCUUAGUAUUGCAAGGCAGAACCCAAAAGUCCAUAAAAAGAAAAGGUACCAUAAUAAUAAACACCUAUUGAGAAAGAUAGUGCAUGCUAUUGAAGCUGUUGAAAUUUGUGCACUCAAAUUGAUAACUGAUAAACUGUUACUUAAUACAGCAGAAGGGACUGAUUUUUAUAGACAAAUACCUCAAAGAUCUAUAGCAGAGGAAAAAGCAAAGUUACAAGCAAACUUAGCCACAACUUUCUUGGGACCUUAUAAUUUCCAACCUGUUUCAUUUGACUUUAAAAGCCAGGUAAACAUGAUUAAAUUACCAGAAAAUGAAAGUGUGUUGAAUCAGAGAUUUUCAACUAUGAAAAAAAAGAAGCUAUUAGUUUCAAAGAUAAUUAAAAUAAGUGGAUACUCUAUUACAAACCAUAAGAAAGUUAAAUUAAGAGUCAAAAUGAAACCCAUACAACUCAGUGGAAACAUAGCUGAUAUACUUCAAAACACUGUUCACUUCAUAUCAACUACUAAUAGAAAAAGUAAAUUCAAAGCAGAGGUAAGUUGGGGAAUAUCAAAAUUGACUCAGACACAGCCAAUACAUAUGGAGUCAUUAGUUGAAGACAUGGAGUGCAAUGAUUCUAUUGACAAAGAUGGUUCCAACACACAAGAAGGCCUCGAAAAUGCACUUCCAAAUGUGAGGAAGUCACAGAAUUGCUUAGAAAUCUGUGAGUCGGCCAAUGACACUACCAAACGUGGCAAAAAGAAAACUGACCAAUCUUUUUUAAAAGAAAAAUCUCCAUUUUAUUUGACAGAAAUUGUUACUUCUAUUACCAGGAAUUUAAUAACGUCCAAAGAAUUUAAAAAGCAGAUUGGUAACAUGAGAAUGCCUAACCUGUCAGCUCAAAAUGGUGCGCCUUCACAGGUAAUGGAGGCCAGAGAUUCACAGUCACCUCAUGUAGAAUUUGAGACACUAAGAACCCCAGAGAUAAAAGUAGAUAAUGAGGUAAAUACAAACAUGAAAUUUGUCUAUCCAUGUAUUCAACAUAUAAAAACAGAGCUAUCCCAUAAAAUAUGGGAUAUUUAUAGAAAAUCUGCAAAAGGAAAUCGCUUGAACAAAGCAAUAGUGAAGAGGAAAGAGGGGUUUGGACAGCCAGUUUUGUUUAAAACACCUUCACAGAGAGUCCAGCCAUUUGAAGCAGAUCAAAUGAGACAGUCUCAUCCUUUCAAACCAGAAGUCUUUUCAGCUAACAUGGUUCACCCCAAGGACAUAACGCUUCAGAAAAGAGCUAUUUAUUUAAUAGAUCAAGAAGGAAACACAAAAGCUGGAGAAGAGUUUGACCAAGAGGCUGUCCUUUCUUGUAAUGCACAUUCUCUUCACGUUGAAAAGCAGAACAAUGAAUUUAAAACAGGUUGGAAAGCAACGUCUUCACCUUGUGCCCUGCUCAAGAAACAGGAAAAGCCUACUAUCUUAGGACCUAUGUGGGGAUCUUAUGCGAGUGACCAUACCUAUCUGGAAACUACAAGACAAAAAGAUAAGGCAAAAGUAUUGAAUAUGAAAAGUGCUGUGUGUGUCAAACGAAUAAAGCUGAAGGCCAAGAAAACACCAGUUUCUCUACUUCUUGCACAUGGGGGCAGAAGCAGUAAAAAAGAACUAGGACAUAGCAUGCAGCAUCAGAGCAUAUUAGAACUGAGGAGAAAUAUAAAAAACCUGUUUGGAAAAGCUAAUUUGGACCCCAGGUGCUUUAUCUCCCCAGUUAAAAAACUUACCAGAGUAAAACUGGAGAGAGGCGAGUUGGAAGAGAGCAAAAGCAUUCUUCCACAGGUAAUUCUGGAGAAACCAUCUAACCAAAGGCAAAUGUCAGGGUCAGGAGGUGUUGAUGAAUCUAGAAAACUAGAAGAAAAUAUUAAAGAGGCACAUGAUCAUAGCUCUUUCAAGGACAUUCACCAGCAAUUUUGGGUUAAGUCAGACCACACUUGCAAACCAGAAGAUUUACAAAGAAGGAUGAACUCUGAGUUAACGUCACAAAAAGCAGAAACUGAUAGUCUUGGGCUAGAUAACCCAAGUACUAUAAGAACAAAUGUCUACAGUGACCCACAAGAUAGCCUACAACACAAAAAUUCCCUGGAGAAAGGGACAUGGAGACCAGAAAUGGCUCUCCAGCCAAUGAAACCGUUUUCUCAUUUCAGAAUGACAAAUGAAAUCAUAAUGAAACAAGAUAUCAAGCCAUCAAGUCCACAGAGGACGGUAAGACUGGAAGUAAUGGACAAGCCAUUCGAUUCAAAGGAACUGUUGCUUACUCCCAGUUGUAUGGUACAGCAACAAAAUCUUUUCACAGAUCCUCUUCUGGGAUCCAUUUCCUCUCAUGUACCACACCAGCCUCAUACUGAAGAAUCAAAAGAAGUCAUGAAAAUAAGUAGUAAAAUCUUAAAUAAUUUGACCCAACAGCAAAAGAAUACCCCAAAUGAAGACGAUAUUUCUGAUAUGGAUCACAUGCCAAGAAGUAUUGAAAAAUUACUCUUGCUUAUUAAAGAACAGGAAAAGAGAAGGAAAAAAAGUAGAGGGGUUAAAAAAAUUGAAGUAGCAAAAGACAUAAAAACAACAAUGAGGAAGUCAAUUUCAUUUCUAAAUGAUUCACCAUCAAGGACACAAUUUAUCAACAGUGGUAUGUCCAGGCAAAGAGACGGGACAGAGCCAAAAGGGAGUGUAGACUCAUUGUGCAGAGAGCAAAGGCUGUGUGUACAAGGGAUCAGCCUAGACGGUGUUUAUACAGAUGAGCCUGCUUCCAAAGUUACACGUCAAAACAGAAGAACACCACUCACAGAAAGUGUCCUGUGUCAAAAUAGGACAAAUACGAAGGUGAGGAAGACAACUUCUGGAAGGCUGCUUAACAUUGCAGGAUAUAGAAGCCUUAGCUUCAGAAAGGAACUAAGACAUAGCAUGAAGACACAGAAGGAGCUGGCACAAGUAAAAAUGGUGGCAGAUAUAAUUUGGAAGGAGUUGUGUGCUUCUGGCUACCUUGCAUCUCAAAUAAAAAAACUUAUGGAAGUUAGAGAGGGGAAAGGCAAACUACAAAAACCAUAUAUUCCUCCACAAAUGACACUGAAGAAAAUGAAUGAAACUAAAAGGUUAUCUGUACAGCCAAUAUCAAGCACUGUCAGAAAACCAACACAAUAUACUAUAAAGCCCAAAGAACACCAAAUGGUUUUAUUAGAUAUUAUUCCACAAAAUAAAGAUCCAUUAAUGACUGGUCAACAGGUGAAGGAGCUUAGACUUAUCAACUUCAAUUCCCAUUUGGAACCAGAAGCAUACCGUGUUGUAUUUCCAGAGACGGGAGAAACUGAUUACAGUAGGCUUGAGGCUCAAAGACCCAGAGAAGUUACAGAUUAUGAAUUCUCCACUGCACAAAGCAUAAAUCAGGGAGUUGUGAAAGACUCUGUCAAACAUGCACUUUCAAUUCCACCCAGGAGAGGAGGACCCAAGAAAACAAAUAUAUUAAGUCCCAAAGAACAUGACGUAUUUCUCGUGGGGCUGGAUACUUUCCAGGAAAAAGCAUGUAAGGUGCAAGAACUGCUUAAACAAAGCACUCCCAGGGUAAGCUCGGGGUCUGUUGCCUGUCCAGUUAAGCAGUCCUUUGACUCAGAAAACACUAAGGUACCUAAGAAAGUGGGUAUGUAUCAUAGCAUAAAAAAUAUUUCCCAUAUCUCUGGAAAAGAAGGAUUAAGAGAAACUGACACAGAACUAGGUUCCAAAGCACAGGCAUCUCUCUGCCCAGAUUUAAAGGCUCUACACAAAACAGUUACAGCUCAGAAAGGCUGUACAAAGACCACUCAGAAGCCUAGAAUCAUUCCGCAUUUUGUACAUUGCCACAAGAGGGCUCCUUUCUACUUAAAACAAAUCUGGAGUCCGACAACGAAGGACAGUGGUGUAGGGCCCAAAAGGGAUCUCAAGGGAAAAGAAAAGGCAGAACCAGUUGACAGUCCAUUAAAAUUAAACAGACAGAAAGUGGACAGUUCCAAAAAAUUGAGGCCAAGAUACUUGGUUAUUUUUAUCCAGAACAAAGAACAAAUUCUGGAAUUUUUUUUAUCUUGUAUAUUAUAUCAACUUCAGUAUGAAAAUACACAGAAACAAAUCUCAGCAAAAGCAGCUCUACAUCCAAAAGUUUUUAAGCCAGUGGUAGAAAAAACAUCAAGUGAAGUAAACGUUCUAGGAGAUCAAUCUUCAAGUUCAGAAGGAGUUACCCUGCAUACUAAAAGAGGCAAGGAUUGGCAAGAAAAUGCAUGCAAGGCUUUCCAAGUGUCUAAUCCUCAAUCUUGGAUGGAUAUACGUAGGAUUACACCACUACAGAUAAAGAAGGCAUUAAAAACAGUAGGUAACCUGGACUAUAACACCUUAAAUAGAGAACAUGGAGAACAGCAAAGAAGAAUAAAAAGAUUAAACCAGCACAACCUGCCAUUUUCUUUCAAGAAUCCAGAGGAACAUAUAUUUUGUUCCCCAAAUUAUUCUUAUGUCCAAUCACAUUUAGAGCCUCAGGCAAAGGAAGCAUUGUCAAAAGAAGCCAACACGUCAAGCAGGACAAAGGGGCUAGAUUUGUCAUCUACAGAUCAACUAAGUACUGCAUGUGAAUGUAGACCAAAGUGGAUUUUUCCCUCAAUUAUUUCAGAGCAAUCAACAAAACAAGAUGAGGUGGUGCCUUUGGAGUCAGGCAGUAACACUAUAAAAUGCCCAGGCCUUUUGUUGUCAGAAAGAAAGCAGUCAUCUGAUGGAACACAGAGAAAUGAAUCAGUGACAAAUGAUCGCUUGCCCAUGCUAAGAGUCAGCACAAAGGAAUUGUUAUCACAUAAAGCAACAAACGAGAAGCAACAGGAGCUAUAUCUACCUGAGGUGUUCAUGCAUUGCCUUUUAUUAUACAUGCAGUGUUUGCAUGAAAAUGUAAAACUGAAGGAUAACAUAGAAUAUGGAGUUAUGAAAGAUAUAAUAUGCCUUGAAAGAAAAGCCACAAACUUGAAGAGGUUAGAAUUUCCACCUAAUAGGUCCACUGACUAUGCUGUAAGCCAUGAAGUAGAACCACAGUGUUCCAAAAAAGAAAAAAUGAUAUGCAUAAAGUACAGAAAGGAUAAACCAGGUUCAGUUGUAAUAAAAGCAUGUGAACCCUUCCCUUUACCUCACUUCAAGUUGGAUAAAGAGAAAAUUGAUGUGAGCAUCUCAAGAAAUGUAAGACAAGAAAAGUAUAAAUCACAGGAAGAGGAGUCUGACAUAAAAGAAAUGAAGAUGGUUGGAAUAACAGGCUCUAACAUUAUGUUAAAGACAAAGGAAUCAACACUAUGUUAUUCAUCCAGUGGAAGGAAAUUAACUUUAGGCUUUGACACUACAAAACAAGGCAAAGUACAAGAAAUGUUAAGUAAAUCAGACAUGAAACAAACACAAUCUUUUAUUUCCUUACCAUGUCUAUCACAAUCUAAUUUAAAUACAGGAAUAAAAGUAGAAAAAAAUAAGUCAGAACUACUAAAGGACUGCCUUCCACCACUAAAGCCCCUGCUAUCACUACAAGGCAGAAAAGUACCAUUUUCAAAUCCAUUUAAUAGAGAUAAUUUUUGUGACUUAAUAGAAUUAAAUUAUCUUCCACAGAGGAAAGAAUAUAGGAAUAAUAUGCCACAUUUGAAAGAUAUAAUAACCCUGAAACAUAUUGCUCGGAAGGGGAAAAAGCCACCUUUUAAAUAUUUGCUACAUGAAAAGGAACCAUGGUGGGACAAUAAAAUACAAAAAUUUAUUCAGGGCAACAAAAAUAAUCUAGAUGUAGUUCAGAAUAGACCUUGGGAUUCUGUCCCUUCUUCGCCUUUUCUGGAAUGGGAUCCUAAAACAAUGGAGGCAUACUUAAGAGAAAUAACGAAGUUAUGCCUUGGAUCACCAGCAGUGUUAGAAUUAGGUGCAAUAGGGAUGUACCGAGAGCUAACUGAUGAUGUUUUAAGGAGCAUCAAAAAAGCAAACCAUAUGCCACUGAAAGAGAGAUUGCAGAUAGAGCCCAAGGAAGUAUUACAUUCAAGCAGACUAUCUUUGAGACAGAAGCUGUCUUCAGCAUCACAGGAGUUACAAUUUAAUGCUGAAGAAAAGGAAAAAGGGAUACAGGAAUAUAAAAAAAUUAAGAAUUGGAACAAACCUUUCAUGCAUUCUCUUUCUUACUCUCACGUGGACACAAGACUAAAUGGAGAGGAAGCUAUGCAAAUAAAAACCCAAUCUUCUAGUCAUUGCUCAAAGCUCCAAAGACCAUCAAAUAUAAGGGAAAUUGUUUAUAAAAAGCCUGGUUUUGGACCUGUUUUGAACAGUGUAAAACAUUCCUUGGAAUAUGUAAUGCAGAAAGAAGAGAGUACAAAAACAGAAAAAGACAUCCAUUUGAAAGAAAACCAAACAGUUUCACAGAAAAUUCAGUUAGACAUCAAAGAGACAGAACAAGAGCUACAAGAGCUAUGGAAUAAAGAUGAACUAAAUGCAGUUGCAACUGAUACCAGCACAUGGACACAGACAAAUGUAAAUGAAAACUUGAGACAUUUGCAGGAAAGAAAAUGCAAACUAGGUGACAGUUUGGCCUUGGCAUCUUUACCUCACAGUGAGUUGGGCAUAGAAAUAAUAGGGCAGGAAAUAGAAUCCUGUUCUCUGCUUUCACAGAGUAUGGAAUCUUCAGAUUCAGAAAAAUUAAAUUUUACAGCAUCUCCUUUGAAUGAUAUAAGUGGUACAAAAAGAUCAAGAUGCUUGUCAUCUAAAGAAGAAGAUGGAGUAAACACAUUUGAAAGAAUCAAAGCGCAUCCCAAGGCCAAACAUGUGAACAUGAAGAAAUCACCCCUUUUAUGUGUGCCCAAAAUAAAAAGAUUUAAAGUGGAUCUUGAAGAGCAAAGUAAAAAGAAGUAUGAAAGUAGUAGGGAAAAAGUCAUGCCUCUGAGAGAAACAUGUUCUGCCAUCACUUCUUCAGAUGUCGUUAACUUUGACACAUCAGAGGAAGUGGAAACAGAAACAAUGAAAAGUCAUGUGCCUUACCCUGUGCUACAAAUAUCAUUGUCUGUAGGGCAAGUAGGAUCUACGAAGACUACUGCUAACAAUUUUAAUAAAAGAAAACUACCUUCACCAUGGGAAGAAGAAGAAGUACAAACCCCAGACAUUGAUAAUUUGACAUCCUCCAGCAGCUCAAUUUGUAUGACAAAGAUAUCGGCACCUUCUCGUGUGUCCAGUGUCAAAAAACACAGAACUGAACUGAGCAAGAAAAGAACUCAUUGUUGGAAUAGUAAUGAAAACACAGGACAGAAACAAGAAAGGGCAAGACACUGUAGUGAAGUUGCAACAAAACGUGAUGCUUCUAUACCAUUGCUUACAACAGGGCAAAUAGCAUCCAGAAACCAAAUUUCUACAUGUUCAAAAAAGAGGAAAAUUCUUCCCCCAGUGCAGAAAGAAGUGCAAACCCCAGCCACGGAUUGUUCAACACACUCUAGUGGCACGGUUUUAAAGGCAAAGAUAUGUGCACCUACUCACGUGUUCAGUCUAAGUGAGCACAGUACCCCAAGAAAGAGGAAGACUCCCCAUGGGAAAAAUAAAGAACAGGUAAGACAGAAACAGGAAAAAGCAAGAAAGUUUAAUGUGUUUGUAACAAAUAGUGAUUCUUCUGUGUCUUGUGGAGUGAAUAAAGAGGAAGAUAUACAGGGAAAAACACAAUGUUCUCUUCCACUGUCAGAGGUUAAAGAUCUAUCAGACUCAAACCAAAUAAUAUGCGUGAAACCAUCAGGUUAUGUGUUAAGGAGUAUAAAAGAAUCAACACAGGAAGAAGGAAAGAAUAUACUCAGAAAAGAGAUGAAACAGGAAAUGAUCCCCAUAUCAAUAGAUAAAAAGGUAAAGAACCUACCACGAUCAUACACUGUCAGUAUCAAAACGUUGCAGAGCAAAAUCCAGGGAGAAAAACUUUCAGAUCUGGCAAGUACAAUUGUAAAGUUGCAACUCAAGAAAUGUUCAGGUUCACAGACAGCUGAUAGAAAAGUUUACAGUGAGAUUAAAUUACUGAAAGAGCAUGUGCCCCAGAAAGAAAAGGCAGGUAAAAUAAGGCAUGUGGGUGUGAACAGUAGCAUAGUGCAUCCCAAAAAUAUACAUUUGAAGGCAAAGAGAUCAUCUAUUUUACCUAUGCAGAAUUUGAAUGACUUUCAGUGGAAAACUAGAAAGCAGGGGGGAAAGGUCAAAGAAGAUAGAAGUGAGCCACAAAUAACAGUAAUUAAGAAGUUGAGUGAGAUAACCACUGCUAUGUCUCCCCAGCCUAGUCUUAAUGCGGAUAUGGGAAUCAAAGAAGAAUGUGCACCAAUGUUAACAAGAUCCUCUGUUUUAAUGGGACACUUACAGAAAUCAGCAGAUUCUGAAAAAAGCAUUUCCAUUCAAUCAACUAAUUCUUCAAUUAGUCAACACAGUGAAAAACAUUUGUCAGAGGAAAAGAAAGAAGUUGGAAAGCAAAUACCAAAGCUCAUAACAACCCACAAAUAUCUAGAAAUAAAAGUGCAGAAACCUAAAAAUGAACAAGGCUUGGCUUUGACUCACUGUAAAUCUUCUUUAUCACAAGAUUUGCCUCGUCCCCAAUCGUAUGAGAAAAGAGAAUGCAGUAAAACAAAACUGAGACUUAGAAAUCCUGCUUUGCAGAGAAUAUCAAUGAAAGGAGAAACAGUACCUAGAGAGGUAGGUAUCACUGUUGGUGAUACCAUGAAAGAUGUUAAAAAUCAUCAGACGCCUCAGAGAGAAGAGCUAUAUAAAAAAGAAAUAAUAGAAAUAACAGACAGGAGAGGCACAGAUAUAACUUUGAAAUCACGGAAAUCACUUCUGCCCCAGAAGCUCCACAGAACAGAACUGUACAUGCACAUUAAAGACCCCAAUCCAAAGAAGCAUGAUGACAACAAAAAUGAAUCUCGAGUUUUGAGGAAAAUGUACACUUCCAAAGUUUUUCUAAGCGGUGUCACGCAGGGUAAAGGUGUACAAGUAGUUGAAGCAAACCAUCUUCUAGAUGGUUUAGAAAGCAAACUUUCUUGUCCACUCCCACAAAUUAUUCCAACAUUAUCAAAUGCAGAAAAAAUAACACAGAAAGAGGACAUGUGUACUCAUGUCGGAAAAGGAAAACAAUAUUCAAAACAGAUAGAAAAAACAGUAGACUUGACAAUUGAGGUGCCUGGCAAAAAGGCAAAGGUCUCACCAAUUUCAUGUUUUCUUAGUGCAAACGAAUUUGUCCUGAAUAUGAAGGUUCUGGAGAAAAAAGUACACAAAAAUAAAAGUGAACUCACUGUGGUUGCAUCACGAACUUUCUUGUCCAUACCAUCAGCCGGUUCUAAAUAUUCACAGGACAAAACACAGAAAGGCGUAGCAGGAUUUACAAAAUCCCAUCAUCCACAAGAAAAUUUCCAAGAACCAGCAGAUACCCAGAACACAGCAACCAGAGAGCUGACUGAGGUUGAUUGUAAGUGUAUUUUCAAGGCACCAGAACACAAUGUGCUACUGAAACAACCUAGGCUACAGAAGUCAAAGUGUAUGACUAGGACCCUGCCAAUAAGUCAACAUCCACAUAUUGAAUCAGAUCGUCGUAAACCAAUCUCCCCACAUCAAAUUGAUUUCACAAAAUUAGGUGCCAUAAUAGGGCAAAAAGUGCUGGAUAUGUCCUUAAAAUGCCAAAAGGGUCAGCCAGGAAAAUAUAAAAAAGAACCUUCAACUAAAACUUUACAUUGCAAAAAGAAAAGUGAAAUCAAAGAUACUUUAAGUCAUGAAGCUAAGUUUCCAGUUUCUCGACUCUUUUUUUCAGAAAAGAUACCACUUAAAAAACUAAGCACUGUCCAUUCAAGUACAUCUCAAGAUAAGGGAAAGCAAAUUGUGAGGACAAUAGAGCAAGCCAAGCCUUCAGCCAAAGGUGAACUACAGGUUAAGCCAAAAUCCUCUCCUUUUCAUAAUGUCCCAGUACCCAGCAGAAAUCAGUGGACAUCUUUACAGAUAAAUGUGGAUAAAAAAACUGUGGUGAACAUCAGUCCACAAACAUCGUCAGGGGUACUCAUGAAUACUAAGGAGAUGUGUGUCACAGGAAGGAAAGAAGGCCCACCAAUGAUUGUUUCUGCAAAGCAAAGCCUUCUAGAACAAAAAUUGUCUCAAACAAGCAGUCUUAAUUCAUUGUAUGCCUAUAUUCCUAUUUGUCCAAAAAGCCAGAAAAUAAUAAAUCUGAAAAGAGAACUGAAACCCAAAUAUUCAACUAUGAGAAUUCCAAAGCACCCAAUUUCAAAGAUGCUUGGCAUCAUAGGAUGGAGUAGUCCAGGCAGGAAGAGGAAAUUAGAAUAUGCCUUCAACAAACCAAAAACCAUGGUUCCAAGGAGUAAAGAUACCUCUUCAGGAAUCAUUAUCAGAAGUCUUUGUGUUUCCAUGAUAAAUCCACUUCACAACGAAGGAAUAGUUGAAUCAAAAACAAAUUCAUGCAGGGAUGUGAGAGUCAGUCCUUCUAAACUCCAGGAGAAAUUACCAGAUUCUAGAAAAAUUGAGGACAUUUUAAUACAUAGACACUCAUUUGACACUAUAGAAACUCGUCUGGGAAGAACCCAAGGGGAAGCUGUUCCAGGAACUAUGCCCACAAUAUUUCAAGAUAGAAAAAAUGAAGACAAAACACUUAUAGAACAUUUGUUUCCCAUUUAUAAAAUGCUUAAAGGCGUCUUUGAAGUCCCUGUAGAAAAUAAAAUCCAAAAACAAGUUCUUCCUGAAAGACCAGGGGAAAUAGAAGCCUACAAGCCUGGUGACGCAAAAGCAUCUCCUUUGCCGGAGAGUCCAACCACACCAAAAAUAUGUGCCUCAUUGCUACAUACGCCUCUCUUAAAACAGCUUACUCCAGAAUUAAAAAAUAAGCUUUCGAUGCAUCUAAUUUGCAAAGCAACUGAGAUAAAAUUGAAUCAGAUACCAGAGAUAGUGAAAGCAUCCUUACAGAAAUAUGACUCUCACCCCGCAGGGACUAUUUCAGAAGAUCACAGUCACAAGUUUCAUCUGAAACCUAUAAAAACAAAAUGUAAGCCUCCAAAAGUUGAUAUAUGUGCCAACUUAAAAAACAAAUAUGAAAGAGAUUUUCCUCCCCUCAGCUGUGUAAAGACAUCAACAACUAAAGUUUCAAGUGGCAACAAGGGCAUGACAGAACCAAAGGACAUCAAAAAGCGAAAAAGUGUGACAUUGUCGGCAAGUUUGAUUAAUCUCCCCUUAACGCAUGUUCUCCACAAGUUCUCAAAGAAAGAAAAGGACAACCUUUUCAGGCAUCUUUGUACAAAAACAAUGGAGAUACAAACAAGGGGCCUUCCCAGAAUAGCUGCGCAAUCCUAUGCCUUAGCCAAUGACCAGGAUAAACCAAAACCCUUGUUUAAGUGUAUCCAUUCUGCCACAAAAGUGCCAAAACGAACAAACAGAGUUGUAGUACUGUUUGAUGAAAAGUCUUUUUGUGAAAUUGACAGUGAUUUGCAACAUAAAUAUCUCCGCUCUCUCCCUAAUCCUUCUGUCACUGUGGUCUCUACACCAAAGGCACUUCCCAAACACACUUCCAAGGUAAGUAAGUGUUCAGGGUCACCACGUAACGAAGUCGGUGGCAGUGCGGAAAGCAGUACUCUUUCCUUUGACAAAGAAAUUUUACAACAUGUUUCUUUCCCAAAGGUAAAUCCACAAGAAAGCUCAUUAUGCUUCAGAAACAUCCAGGAGCCAACUAAUACAUUUUACCCUUGUCUACAAGGCACUGAACAAAAUGAUAUAAUUCUUUCAGAUUUAAAUUUACAGAUGACAUCAGAAAAAGAUAAAAAAUCCCAUGUAUGUUUUCAAAAAGCCAGUGCAUACAAGCAUUCUGUUUCAGGAACUCAGCAAAAUACUGCUGGUUCACAUUCAUCUUGGAUUUCUGACGACUGGACGAAGGUCCCCACAAAUACUGAGACUUCAACUGAGAUUGGGGAACAUGAAGCUCCUGAAGAAAGUAACAGCGAGGAAUGUGUGUUUAUAGAAACCAAUUUCUACUUAACUCAGGAUUCAGAAGAUUUUCCGUCUGCGGUACUUAAUGGUGUUCCAUCAGCAGAUAUUCACAUAGGUGAUAAAACAACUUAUUUGAAACCACUUUCCCGUGAAGAUCCAAAGGACAGCCAUACUAGAACCCUUAGAAAACAAACACCCCCUGAGGCACAACCUCUCUAUCAGCCUCAGCAUAGGAAAUGUAGGUCAAACUCCAAAAUGCAGCGUACUGACUGGUUGACUCACAAUUCAUCUAGUACUGUGGAAAUCGAGUCUACAUCAUCUUCCAUAACGUUUGAUAAUGGGAAGCACUGGACCGAGACCACAUGGAGUAGAACAAGCUUCUCUUUAACCUCCGUAACAACGGAGUCAGGUGUUAAAUUGAAUCUUGCAAAAAAACAUGGCAACUCUCACAUGAAUCCACAACUCAGUGACAGAAAGAAGGCUAGAUCUGAUAUAUAUGGAAAGUCCGGUGUCUAUCAGAGCUCACAUCACAGUCACUUACACAGUAAACAGAGGCAGACAAAGAAGAGACAAGCCCAUCAGAUGCUAGGGCCAAAUGCAAAUGCCCAUUGGCAGAACAUCAGAUUCUAUUCAGAAAGAAAAGAAAGCCAGCCCUUUUUUUAUGUCUGUGUACCAGCAGACUCAAUGGAUGUUAUUCCCCAAACUGUUCGCUGGGUUAUUCCCCCAAAAAUUUUACAGAAGAGAAACUUCCAAAUUCCUCGAGUAGCAAAUAUUUCAAAUUCUUGGAACUUCUGGAGUUCAUCCAAAAGGCUGUUGGAGUCACUUGCAGGGGCCUUUAAUACAGUCCGUUAA